ACGACAUUACAAUUUCAGCUUACUUUGCACCUUAGUAAUCUAAGUCAGUCUCGGGUUGGCCGGGUUGUGAGUGGUCGCAUACCAAUUAACUUUUAACCAUAUUUCAAGUGCUAAAUAAAUAUAUAGUUACGUGGACUUAUAAUCUAUUAUUCGCAACCCAAUCCCCGAGUCUCAACAUUGGUGACCCCGACGAUUGAAGUGAACCGCGAUCGAUAAAGUGCAAUCAUGAACCCUUCUCCGUCACUUCCGGCCGGUGAAAACGCUUUGGCGCAGAUCACGGUGUCCAGCAGGAUACCGGACUUCUGGAAGGAGUCCCCACGCCUGUGGUUUGCCCAAUUCGAGGCGGUGGUGGCCAAUCAGAAGCUGGCCGACGAAUCACGCUAUAACUUAGUGAUAGCAAAGCUAAGCCGCGAGCACGUCGAGCAGGUCAGUGAUAUUGUAUUAACGCCUCCUGACACAAAGAAAUACGAAGCGCUUAAAACUCGACUUCUCGUUGUUUAUGAGGAGUCUGAAGUUCGACAGGUCCAGAAGCUACUGAAGGAACUGGAGCUAGGCGACCAGAAACCCUCCCAACUACUCAGGAGGAUGCGAGAUCUGGCAAAGAAAAAAUUCAAUGAUGAAACAUUAAAUAUGCUGUGGAUGGGGCAUCUACCAUCAGCAGUACAGGCAAUUCUGACGGUGAGUGAAGUGAAAGAUCUAGAGAAACUGGCUGGCAUGGCAGAUAAGGUAGUCGAAACGACCCGAUUUGCUGAGAUCCAGGAGCUGUCAUGUAUGCGGAGCAGUGCCGUACCCAGUUCAUCAGCCACGCAGGCUACCCUCGUUGAGCAGAUAGCUCAGCUCACGCGGCGCUUGGACAACAUGGAGACGUCGAGGUCAAGAGGCAGGUCAGUUGGUCGUAACGGAUGGAAGAGUCAUCGCUCUGCGUCACGAAGUCGCGACCGGUCUGAACGCGUAAGGAGAGGAGACCCUAACUGGAUGUGCUUCUACCACUUCCGGUACAAAGGAAAGGCCAACAAGUGCAUUCAGCCUUGCGCAUGGCAGAAGCAGCAGGAGUCAGAAGCAGGAAAAAACUAGAUUCGGUGCAGCCAGAGGCGAGCAGCUGUACCGGUAUAAUCAGCAAACGCCUGUGUAUUAGAGAUAAAAAAAGUGGACUAAAAUUUUUGGUGGAUACCGGUGCUAACGUAUCUGUGUUACCUGUGUCGAAGUAUAACCAUUUCGCGAGUGAUUGUAGUGAAUAUAAGCUAUAUGCAGCAAAUGGUAGUGUGAUAAAGACAUUCGGUACAAAAACAAUGAUAUUGGACUUUUGUUUACGUCGACCGUAUAAAUGGACAUUUAUUAUAGCGGAGGUAACGCAACCAAUAUUAGGAGCAGAUUUCUUGGCUCACCACGGUUUGAUUGUGGAUUUAUCUUCCUCUAGGUUAAUUGAUGAUUUGACAAAAUUGAAAUCUAUUGCCAGUAUAGUGGAGGUGGAUCAACCCACCGUGACAACAGUGGAGGAUACGCACCCAUUUCAUGAUUUGUUAUGUAAGUACGUAAAUAUUACUAAACCGGCAUCGUAUAAGGAAGUACCUACACACGGUGUUUUUCACCACAUCGAAACAACUGGACCUCCAGUAUACGCUCGAGCUAGACCGUUACCACCAUCUAGAUAUAAGAAAGUACAAGAGGAGUUUCGUUUUAUGCAGGAAACAGGUAUAUGUAGGCCUUCAAAGAGCCCUUGGGCCAGUCCACUUCAUGUGGUACCCAAGAAAAAUGGGGAGUUACGUCCAUGUGGGGAUUAUAGGAAACUAAACUCUAUUACCAAGCCGGACAGAUACCCGAUACCUCGUUUAUCUGACUUUACGUACAUACUAACGGGUAAGAAAGUAUUUUCUAAGAUUGAUAUAAAUAGGGCUUAUCACUGUAUUAGCACUGCACCAGAAGAUAUAGAGAAAACUGCAAUAAUCACGCCGUUUGGUUUGUUUGAAUUCCCGCGCAUGACGUUUGGGUUGCGUAACGCCGCGCAAACGUUCCAGCGAUUCAUGCACCAUACUGUUUUUCAGGAUCUGGACGUUGAUUGUAAAAAUAGUAUCUUUUCCUAUAUCGAUGACGUCAUUUUAGCAUCGCCUGACGAAGCUACACAUCGUAAGCAUCUAGAGUCAUUAUUUAAGCAGUUCGAAAGGUAUAAUCUUACUAUAAAUAUGACAAAAUGUGUGUUUGGAAAGGCAGAGAUAGAUUUUUUAGGCUAUCAUGUCACAUCAGAUGGGAUUCGUCCACUGGAUGAUAAAGUUAAAGCCGUUAACGAAUUUCCGCGGCCCAACAACAUCGAUGAAUUGCGACGAUUUUUGGGCAUGGUUAAUUUUUAUAGGUCUCAUAUACCAAAUGCAGUUUCAUCUCAAUCGAUACUUACUAGUUUCAUUCAUGGCUCUAAAAAGAAGGACAAAACACCUAUUGCUUGGACGCCAGACGCUGAGCUAGCAUUUGAGGAAUGUAAGGCGAGCUUGUGCGAUGCGGUCAUGCUGUCUCACCCGGUAGCGGAUGCACCGCUCGCACUUAUGACCGACUGUUCGGACACCUGCGUGGGUGCAGUGUUGCAACAACGUGUUGAUAACGCUUGGUUACCUUUAGGUUACUUCUCAAAAAGUUUGUCUAAGACGGAACGGAAGUAUAGCACGUAUGAUAGAGAGUUGUUAGGUAUCUACUUAGCCAUUCGUCAUUUUCGGAAUAUGGUCGAGGGACGAAUGCUGACAGUUUAUACAGAUCAUAAACCUAUUACGUUCGCGUUUAGUAAAAUAAAUAGCGAGAAAGAGUUACCUAGACGUACACGUCACCUAAUGUUUAUCAGUGAGUUCACCACAGAUAUCAGACAUGUGAGUGGGCAAGACAAUGUUGUUGCGGACACGUUAUCACGCGUCGCAACUAUUAGCUGUCCCACGGUUAUAGACUACGAGGAACUCGCUAGGGAACAACAACAAGAUACCUAUAUCGUACAAGUGUUGAAUUCUGAUGACACUGACGUUGCAGUUAAAAAAAUAAUACUACCUGGUAGUAGUUCAUUUAUUUUUUGCAAUAUUAGUAAUGACAGAAUUAGACCGUACUUACCUGAGAAGUUUCGACGUAUAGCUUUUGAUACAGUACAUAAUUUAAGUCACCCUGGAACCAGGACUACACGAAAAUUGGUACAAGAUCGUUUUUAUUGGCCAAGUAUGAAUCGCGAUGUUAGUCAAUGGACUAAGACAUGUAUUCAAUGUCAGCGAUCAAAGGUCAACCGACAUACGAUGUCAGCUUUGGGAUCGUUUCCCCAGUGUGACAGAUUCGAACACAUUCACGUAGAUUUAGUAGGACCUCUACCGAUUUCACCAGAUGGGUUCAGAUAUUGUCUUACUAUAAUAGAUAGAGGAACGCGGUGGCCAGAAUGUUUUCCUACAAAAGAUAUAACUGCUGAAACUGUUGCACGAGUUAUUCAUGAUAACUGGGUAUGUAGAUUUGGCAGCCCUAGGUUCCUGACUUCCGACCAGGGCCGGCAAUUUGAAAGCAAUUUAUUCAGUGAACUUAUGAAAUUAUUAGGCAUAAAAAAACUACGUACAACACCCUACCACCCACAGAGCAACGGGGCGGUAGAGCGCUGGCACAGAUCGCUUAAAGCUGCGUUGACUGCUCGCUUAUGUAAUGCACCAUCAUCAUGGGUGUCGGAAUUACCUACGGUGUUACUAGGGCUUAGGACAGCGGUGAGGAGCGAUAACGGGAUAAGCGCAGCGGAAUUGACUUACGGAACUACUUUGCGUUUACCUGCAGAUUAUUAUGAUACUAAGUCGAACUUAAAUAUUGAUAGCAGUAAUGAGUACGUAUGGAAAUUAAGAGAUAAUAUAAGGAAAUUUCGUUCUAUGGCAAUUAGGGAAAAUAAAAAUGGUAAUAUAUUUAUACAUCCUGAUUUAGAGACUUGCAGUCACGUUUUUAUACGAAACGACGCUGUUCGUAGGCCUUUACAGCCUACGUACGAUGGUCCUUUUCGUGUGUUGGAUAGAAAUAGGAAGGUAUAUUACAUUCAAAUGUCAAAUAGAAAAGUUCAUAUUUCUAUAGACCGUUUAAAACCAGCAUAUUGCUUGAGUGAACGUAACGACGAAUCUUCAACGACGGACACUGAGGUUCCUAAUCACGAUUCUCCUGUCACUUGUACCACGCGCAGUGGAAGAGUAACAAGAGUACCUAUACGAUUCAGGUGAAGUUAUUUAGGUACUUAUUGUAGGUAUUUUUUUAGGUACUUUUUUUUUGUAGAUGAUAAGUAUGUCAACUAAAUUUAAUUAAUAUAAGUAAUAAGAAUACCUUGUAUUUGUAUUUCAUAUUUGUAUUUUUGAUGAUAUUCGAUUAUAUUGUUAUAACAUGCACUAUCUUACUAAGAAUUUUAGUUUUAUUAUUUCGUCCAGUGAAAGCUACGAUAAUAUUAAGCGACGCGAUAUACCUUUAAUUUAGUUAACAAUCAAUGUAACAGCUAGCAUAGCUACGUAUCGCUUAGUAGUAUGAUAGCACCUUUACAGUUAGAAUAAGUAGGUUGCGUAUAAGCAUUAAUACACUUUAUAUACAUAAGUCUUUGCAAAUAUUUUUAUUGUAUCACGGAUUGAUUACUCGCAGUACUUAUUGUCCAAAUUAACAAUACCUAUACAAUGGGUAAAUCAUACAGCAAGUCAGAGGAAAUUAUCAUCGCCCAAAAUGGCGCGAAUAAUGCUAGUAAUAGCUCAUUAGAGCAGAAGAUAGAAGUAUAUGGCACAGUGGUGGCAAGUUUUCUUGUAUUGUUUUUAUUAUGUGCUACGUGUCUCUUGUGCAAAAAGUGUAAAAAAGGAGUGAAAACCUGGGCUCGAAAGGAGUUCAUUACUGCAAUUUCAUUAGAUCAAUUGGACAAAACUGCUAGGCAACAAACAGCUGCCAACGCGCAGUACGCAUGAACAGUGUAUCUACAUCCUUAUCUAAUGUUACUGUUUCUUCUUACUUAGUAUUAUAUGUGUUUGUAACUUGAUCUUCAUGUUAAUGUAUUUACAUGUCUUGUAUGUGUGCGACCACGACGGCAACCUGUGUGUUUAAAAUUUAUUAGUAGGUAUUACAGAUCAUUUGUAACUUUGUUCCAAAAUGUUUGACAUAUUUUUUUCAAAAAAGGGGAGGAAUGAUGUAGGGACGACAUUACAAUUUCAGCUUACUUUGCACCUUAGUAAUCUAAGUCAGUCUCGGGUUGGCCGGGUUGUGAGUGGUCGCAUACCAAUUAACUUUUAACCAUAUUUCAAGUGCUAAAUAAAUAUAUAGUUACGUGGA